UGGGGCCCGGCCGGCGCGGUUGCCUCGAAGCUUCUGCUGGAGCCGGGGCGACCGCAGCGGGGCCGGGGCCGGGCCGGUCGUGCGGGGCCGCGCUGCCCCCCUUCCCUGGUCCGUUGUGGCAGCCAGAGGGCGCCCGGGUGGGGGGCGCCAAGAUGCAGAAACUGAAGCAGAGAGUAAGCGACUUGCCCAAGGUCACACAGCUAAGAUUUGAACUAAGGUCUUCCUGACUCCGGGCCCAGCACUCUAUCCACUGCACCACCUAGCUGCCUCAGUCAGUUCUUUGCCUAAGUGCUUUCUCAUGUGGGUGCCAUAGCCCAUGAAUAUCUGCUUCUCUGAGUUAGUGAUGGCAGCCUGAUUUCAGGUGCUGCUGACCAGCAAGAAUGGAGCUUCCUUCAAGCAAUCCACCAGCAUCAGACCUCCAGAGCCACUACAGCACUACGGUGCCAGGGCCAGACUCCCCCGAGGCCGUCUGAGACGGAGCCGGUGGCGUGGGCGCCUCUUUUAAGAUGACCCGAACGGACCCACCGGAUCUGCUGGUGUCAACCGUAUACCAGGACAUCAAGGUGGCCGCCCCGGGCCCCGCAGCCAGUGGCCCGCCAUGUGAAAGCCCAAUGUCCCGGCCCGCGGCUCCCGCGCCUUUCAACAAGCGCCACUGCCGCAGCUUUGAUUUCUUAGAGGCGCUGGACGGGCCGGCCAUGGAACCCCGCGGUCCCGAACGGCACCAGCAAGAGCCGCCUCUCGUGGCGCAGCGGUGCGGACCACCCGGCCCUGAACUUGCCCGGCCCCGCCACCGCGGAAAGGAUGGAGAACCCAAGCGUCGGGCCCGCUCCAAAAGCGCUCCCAGGGCCAAAACCAAUCUGGUGCCAGCAGCGGCGCCCGCCUCUCCCCCAGUCCCUCGGAGGGGCCGUGAAGUGCUGAGGGCUCCGCCCCGCGAGCCGCCCUCUCCAAGGCGAGAGCCCACCUACCCGGCCAUGCGUGCGCUGGCCAAUGAACUUCAUCCUAUCAAGCUGCAGCCGCAGCGGAGCAGCACUAACCGCAUUUCACCUCUCUGCCCUGCCAGCCGCUGCGUCCCGCCACCUGAGGAGCCCGCGCGGGCCCCCGCCCCGGCCCCCCACGUACGCUGCCGCGUAGAUAUCAAGCCUGAUGAGGCUGUGCUGCAACACGCCGCCCGUGCCUCCCGAUCUGUACCGCCAGCAGAGAGUCCGGCCUGGGCACGGGUACCCUUCCCUCCCCGGGGCCUCACAGUGCCUGGGCCUCGCCACAUGAUGCUGUCGCGCACGCCCACGCCUAGUGACUCCUACAGUGGGGAGCCACGGGCGAUGUACUGCGACGGUCCCUUCCCUGGGCCGCCUUCCCGCGACUACUCCGAACGGGGCUGCCCUCCUUUCGCUGCCCCUCCAGGCCCCACUAAGUUUUUCUACACUGAGGAGCCCAGCGGCUACCCAACUCUCCCAGCCCAAGCCUUCGACAGCUACGGCGCCCGCCCCUACCCCGGACACGGCCUCCAGUCCUACUACCCUGAGGAACCCCAGGGGCCCAGCCCUCCACGGAGCUACUACAUGGAAGAAGCUCGUACCUACCCCAUCCAGGAGCCCCCCACUCGUUCCUAUUACGGGGAAGCCCCACGCUGCUAUGGUCCCCGCUUUGGAGAUGAUCCCCGCUACAUAGAAGAUUCUCGGGCCUUCUCCUCCCGCUUUUUCUACACUGAGGACUAUACCAAGUACCGCGAACGGGAUGCCCUCUCCAGGACUUACCCGUACCCCCGGGGAGGGAGCCAGUCCUGGGGAGACUGGCAACCCCUCCCCUAUCGCACCCUACAAGUUGCUCCCCUUCCGCCUCCCGGGCCUGGGGCAUUGCUAUCCUCUUGGCAUGGAGGCACUGGCACCAGCCCACCUCGGCUGGCCACAGACAGCCGCCACUAUUCUCGCUCGUGGGACAAUAUACUGGCGCCGGGCCCACGCCGAGAGGACCCUCUGUGCAGGGGCCGCAGUUAUGAAAACCUGCUGGGCCGCGAGCCAAGGGAAUCCCGGGGCCUCUCCCCCGACGGCCGACGGCCUCCGGUUGUGGUCAAUUUGUCCAGCUCUCCCAAGCGGUACGCGGCUUUGUCGCUGUCGGAGACGUCCCUGCAGGAAAAGGGCCGGGCUGGGGAAGGACCGAGCCGCGCCUGGUACGUCACCCCGGAGAUCACCAUCACUGACAACGAUCUGCGCGCUGCGGAGCGUCGGGUGGGAGGCUGGGAACACCUCGGAGGCCGCCCUCCUCCACCGGCCCCUCGGCCCCCGGCUCGUGACGGCCCCGCCUCAGCUCGGCAGCGCAGCCUGGAGCAGCUGGACGAGCUUAUCACCGACCUGGUCAUCGACUCCAAGCCCCCCACGGGUCCUACGCCACCGGACAGUGACAGCCUGGGCCGCCAGCUGCGCCGACUCCUGAGCGACGGGCAGAGCCGGGGGCCGCCCGAGCCGGAGCUAGGGCCCGAACCCGAGGCCGAGCCAGAGCCCGGAUCGCCUACCAGCCCGGAAGCCCCACGACGAGACGAGACGGCCGGCGGCUCCCCGGAGCUGAGUGCGGACGAGGACGACCUCAUGACGUGUUCCAACGCCAAGUGCCGCCGCACCGAAACGAUGUUCAACGCCUGCCUCUACUUCAAGUCGUGCCACAGCUGCUACACCUACUACUGCUCGCGCCACUGCCGCCGGGAGGACUGGGAUGUGCACAAGGCCAGCUGCGUCUACGGCCGAGUGGGCAGCGUGUGCCGCCACGUGCUGCAGUUCUGCCGCGAAAGCCCGCCGGUGCACCGCGCCUUCUCGCGCAUAGCGCGCGUGGGCUUCCUGUCGCGCGGCCGCGGGGUCCUCUUCCUGGGCUUUCCCAGCCCGGGUUCGGCAGAGAACUUCCUGCAGUUUGGCCUGGAGAGCCUGCUGAUGUCGCCCACUUAUUUGUCCCUGCGCGAGCUGGGCGGCUACGCCGACCCGCUGGGAGGCUAUGGACAGGAACUGCAGGCGGCCGGGCGCCAGUACGAGCCAGCCGAGUGCUUCUUGCUCAACGUGACAGUAGCCGUGGGGCCCGACGUGCCGGCACGGCCGUCGCCCAAGAGCCCGGUGCCCACUGUGCGCAAGUUCGCUAAGGUGGCCCUGGCGACGCCCGGGAGCCCCGAGCGAAGACGGCGCGCACCUCGGCGCGAACCCGAAAUGGAAACGCUGAUCCUGACGCCGCCGCCCGGCACAGCGGGCCUGGGCCAGGAAGGCGAAGCCGGCCGGCGCGCGCGCGAGGUGGCCUUCAUCCACAUCCAGCGCGAGCUGCGUCUGCGCGGUGUCUUCCUGCGCCACGAGUACCCACGCAUCUACGAGCAGCUCUGCGAGUACGUGGAGGCCAACCGGCGCUUCACUCCCACCACCAUCUACCCCACGGACCGCCGCACUGGCCGCCCUUUCAUGUGCAUGAUCAUGGCCGCCUCAGAGCCCCGAGCCCUCGACUGGGUGGCCAGUGCCAACCUGCUCGAUGACAUCAUGUGACACACACCGCAACACACACACACACACACACACACACACACACACACACACACACACACACACACACACACCCCUCUCCCUUUCCUAGGAGGCCGUAGGUUUUGGACGCCUGUCUCCAACCGCCAUGGGUUCCCAACCGCCUUUCUAGAUUGGGCCUCGCACCCAACGGCCUCUCCCAGCCUACACUCAGUCCCACAGCCCGACCAAUCCCUGGUUUUGGCCUCGCCCUCAACUCGCCCCUCUGGGAUUUGGUCCUGCCUCAGGCUGCCUCUCCCCUGCCCCAACACCCCCCACAAACACACCAGUUCUGGCUGGGGCCCCGCCCUUAGCCUCUCCUACUGGGUGUGGCCCGCCCCCAUCCUCCCGUCCAGUUAUUGCCCUGCCGGACCACUCUUCUCUUGGUUUUGGCUCCUUUCCCCACAUCCUCUGCUUAAUUUUCUCAUAAGUUGACCCUCUUUCCACCCUCCUCUGCUUUCUAGCUAAACUGAUGGUGUAAGGGCCACCCUGGGGCUUCUCCUGCCUUUUUCUUCCUUCAGAAAGUGUGUAUGUGGGAGUGCAGGGGCAUCCUUAAUUUGGCGCAAUGUGGGGAAAGUACACUGGCCCAGGCCAUCCUCUGCCCAUCGUUCUUCUUUACUACUCCCAGGCCAAUCUUUAUCGAUUGCCUUCUCCAGUCUCUCCUGGUCACUACCACUCCAAACAAAAAGAAAAAUCGAGUCCCUUGCCUGGGAUGUGAAGGGUCACGUGUUCCUUCCCUCUCCUUUCCUAAUCCCCACCCACAGGUGCUUCUUCAUGCCUACUCAUCAUCCCCCAAUCCUGAACUUCUUUGUUAACCAAAGCUACAGUUAAGUCACUUUAAAUACCCUCAUCCUACUCAGGUCAUUUCCAAGUAGGAUUUGGGGAGAGGCCUCCAGUUUCCUUCAAAAAGAGAAGGCAUAUUCUAAGUUCCUGCCCUUUCUCCCCCCUGCUCCCUACUCCAUUCUCUUAGAAAGAUAGCCCACCUCAGCUGGAAUCCAAAACUGGGCUUUCAAUGAUAAAGAACAGAAGUAGGGGAAGGGGGGGGAGGGGGUUGGUGCUAGACAAGGGGAAGGGAUGGAGAACUUCCAUGUCAGUAGAGGAUCUGGAUGCUCAAGUUCUGCUACUGUAGCCUCCUUCCCCCACCCCCACCCCCUUCCCAAUCCUUUUUACAGAGACAUUGGUCUCAUAGAGGUGAGUGUGUGUGUGUGUGUGUGUGUGUGUGUGUGUGUAUGUAAGUUUAACUGGGGGGAGAGGAGAAUAGGGCCUAACCUGGAGCUUUUCUCUCUUUGGAGAAAAAUGUUCCCAAGUCUGGGGGAGGGGAUAAAUGUGCCUGUUUGUAUGUUUGUGUACACAUCUAUAGGUAGAAGCCUAUGCCCCAGGAGAGUGGGCAGGUGUUCACAUACUAGAUGCGUGUGGUUGGGUAUGUUGUCACCUGUUUGAAUUCAUGAUCUUUGAAAAGACUUUGAGAGGGAAGAGAGCUGUACAGACCUCCAACACCUCCAACAUUAUGAUCAGAUGAUAAGCCAUAUUCCUGCCCCUUAACACCAAUUCCAUUCUCUAGCCCCAAAAGAGGAUAAUGAGGGGAACACAAGGAAAUGCUGUUGCCUAAAUGGCUGGAGGAAACCAGGCAGGACUUUCCCUGAGCUUCAGGAAUGAGAGAUGAGUCAGUACCCCAACUCUCCCCCUACCAUGUACCAAACAUAUCUUCUUUGGGCAGUGCCCUGUCUUGUGUAUUAGGGGAAAAAGGUAACAUAGUCCCUGCUAUCUUAGGAAGCUCCCACUCUGAUUAUGGAGCUAGGAUGAGCACAUACAUAAUAUUAAUAUAUUUAUUAGAAUACGUUUAUAUAUACAUAUAUAUUAGAACCUAUAAUUUCAUCAGUGUGACUUCACAACUGAUAUAAAUCACAACUUCCUUUAUACCUUAGUAAUCAGUUUUCAGAAGCUGCUGUGACUGAAAAAUUCACCUGAUGCUCAACUUCCUGGUGACGAGGCCUUCCAAAUUUAGCUAGACUGGUUCUCAGAUGACAGAUGUAUAUAGGCUGUCGCCAGGCCUAAAGUCAUACAAUAUGUUAGGACCAGUCAAGGGUUGUACUCUGAUAGCAUAACCUUUUUAAUAUAGGUCAUCUCAAUGUCAUGAUGAGGCAACAAAGGAUCAUUUUACUGAAGAAUGUAUAUGUGCAUAAAAAGAUAUGCACAGACACAUUUGACCAACAAAUAUUUAUUAAGCACAUACUGUAUUCAAGGUGCUGUAGAUACAAAGACAGAAAACAAAACAGUGCCUGACCUCAAGGAUCUUAUAUUCUAUGAUGGAAGUGAGGGGGUGGGGAGGGAGACAGGGAUAAGAUGUUCACAAGUUAAGAUAAAAGACAAGCAAAGCAAGAAAGGCUUUAUUUACCAAAGGAGGGGGCACUUGAGCUGAACCUUGAAAGAAAGCAUUCUCAUAAAUGGAAAUGAGAUGGAAAUACCUAACUUCAGUAGAACAGAAAUACCCCAGUUUAUAGUAAUUGGGAGGAGGGGAAGAAUAAGGGAAGGAAAGAUUCUCAAAGGGAAUCAAGGGAUGGAAGUAUAGGUGCAGGAAUUAGAACAAGGCUGUGGGGGAGGAAAGGCUGUGGGAAAAGAAAGUAAGCCUGAAGUAGUGAGAGGCUGGGGGGGGGGGGGAAGAAUUUAUACUCCAUGCAAAGACACUGGUCAAGCAGUGCACACCAGUCGCUCUCUGGAUCUGAACAUUCACUCAAAAAUGUGUGUUGUAAUAUGGUGAAGAAAAGGGGGGGGGGGGACAAUUCCUGCUAUUAAUGUUCAUGACACAAAAAGAAAAUAGAAAAAUCCGUACAUAGUAACAUAAAUGCCAAGGGUAUAUUCAAGUGCUAUGAAAAUAUCACAAGAUCAAUGUAGGGUGAGAUUAGUCAGGUAAUACUUUCUGGAGGAAGUGGAAUUUGAGUCAAUUUAGGUCAAACAAAGGGGUCAUGCACUGAUGAAAAAGAAGAGGAAAGCAUUUCAAAUCGGUAAACACCAAGAACAAAUGCACAGCGAUGGAACAGGCCAGAGAAUGAGAGAUGGGAAUCAGAAGUGACAUUUUAGUUUGAGCAUUAGAGCUAAAACAGCAAGCUGCUUUGCUAAAGUGGAAUGGAGCAGGCAAUGGAGUGAGGGGAGAUGAGAAGGGCCUUUAAGUUCAUACUGAAAAGUUACAUGUGAUAAACAUACACAAAGAGACUUUUUCCAUGCUAAGAUCCAUAUGCCUUUGCUUAGAUUUUGUUGGGUCCACUAGGGCCAGGCCUCUCUGAAUCUCAGUUUUCCCACGAGUGACAUGUGUCCAUGGGCUAGUUUAAUUCCUGUGUUACAAAAGAUGCAAUUAGAUUGGUCAUUCCUUCACUCUCUCCCCUGGGGAUCCCAAGUUCUGCCCUCCCCCCUACUCAUGUGGUAUCUCUCAUUCUCAGGCACGCAAGGAACAGGAUCUAUGUGGAGUGUAGAGAACUGUGGCAAGUGCCCCCUCCCAAAUAUAGCUAGGUUUACUUUUCUUGUGUGUCCCCACACAUAUCUCUUGUCUAUGUCUGUGCUGCAUUAAUUCUCUCCCUUUCCUUUGGAGGGAGAGAGUGAUUUGGGCCUGAAAUUCUCCAUCGCGGAGGCUGCCUCUAGGGGCAGGGUGGGGAGAAAGCUGAAUUACAGAAGCUACACGACCGCUGAGAUGGGGAGUGGCUUGGAACCCUGUGUGUAUUUGGCUGGGGG